GUAGUACUCCCAGAAAGUGGAAAUCCAUCCUACCCAACGCAAACCCACUCAAAGGCCUCCGCUCCACUGCACUUGCAUGUCAAGCGACGACGACGUGCCCAUGGCCGACGCCGACGCCGGCGAGGUCCUCGACGCCAUCGCCACGAGCACCCACGCCUUCGACGCGCAGCGCCACCCCACCGCCGAGAGCGCCCUGGCCUCCGACGCGCAGCACCAUCCCGCAGCCGAGAGCGCCCUGGCAUCCGACGCUCACCACCACCUCGCUGCUGAGAGCGCCCUGGCCUCCGACACCCAGCAGCACCCGGCCGCCGUCACGACCACUGCGCCAGCCCAGGAAGCGGUGCCGCCCGAGUUCCACCACCACUUCAUGCACCUGCGCGGGGAUGACGCCACGGGGAAUUUCCUGGCCGCCGCGGUGAAGAGGGCCGAGGACGCCAUCACCGACGAGUACGACGCGAGGGCGAGGCUCCUGGAGGCCAGGUGCGAGGAGGCGGCCGCGGCGGUGCGGGCGGCGGUGCGGGCGGCGGAGCAGGACAUUAGCUGCCUCAUCGACGAGCUCGCCAAGCUAAGGAUCAUAUCUGACGAGAUCAUACCACAGCUGAACUGUAAGGAUCCGGAGGAGCAGAAUCAGAGGCUCAUUGCUGAACUCGACGCCACGACGAAAGAGCUCGAGUGGAAGAUGGAGAGGAUUGCAGAAUUGCAGGAGCUGGAGAAGGGUGCUUUGGAGGUCAACACACUGGACAUGGCAGGUGGAGAGAGAAAGCUGGCUGACCAUGAUUUGCUGCUGCAUGAGCUGGAGAAGAACUCCCCUAGCUACACAUACACAGGGUGCUUUGGAGAUCAACACAUCGGAGCUGGGAGGUGAAGAGUGCAAGGUGGCUGACCAUGCUCUUAUGCUGCAUGAAAACCACAAGAACAUGAAACAACAAGCAGGGGAGAAGCUCGCAGAGGAAGACCAUCAACGUCUUUUUGCAGUAAUGACGUAUGUGAGAAAUAUUCUGGAUGAGGAAGGGAAAAGGAUGAAAGUUCCAUUGCUAGACCUCUUCAAAAGGGAGCAGGCCAACAGCGAAGAGCUCCAAGAGAAUCGCCAAGAGUUGAUUCAGGGUUUUGAGAACAUGCCGAUUAGUGGGGGCGCCGUUGUUGGAAUCAAAAGGAUGGUGAUGCGGAGCAUCCUUCCAUCAUCCCCAUGGACUCUGCUUCGACCACGCAUGCUCCAAGAGGACCCAUGACAAGAUCCCGAGCACGUGCCAUCCAAUCCGAGGUUAACUCUCUCCUUGUUGAAUUUCCCUUUGACCCAUUUGAGACAUGGCUACUACCUCAAACGGAGACACUUUGUGUGCUCAGGUACCAUGUAAGCAACCGAGGAGAAGGAACGGUGCAAGAUGGACAUCAAGAUCAACGAGGCAUUCCACCCAGCCUGGAAGGACCGGUACAACCGCCCAACCACCGCCCGGGCGGAACAACCGGCCAGCCACCGCCCAACAACCGGCCAUCCUUCUGUGAUCAAGCGGUGCAAGGCCGGUACAGCACCGGUUCUACCGGUUUAUGCCCAAAGACCGGAACAACCGCCCCGACAUCCGGUACAACCGCUGGCUCCUUCGACGUCCACCUCCAGAAGCCAGCGCCCGACCUCCUAGCGGUAGUACCGCCUUCCUCGGUCGGAACUACCGCCCCUCAUGAGCUCUCAGCGGUACUACCGGCCCCAUGACCGGUACUACCGGCCUGCCUGUGCGCAGUGCAGGGGGUUUUCACCCCGUGUAUCCU